AUGACAGACUACAAAUCCAUCAAACGCGAAAUCGUUGCUCGAGCAGUGAAAGAAAAAAGAAACCUAAUCGAAUUGAAUGAAAUGUUCAAACAAGUCAAGAGGACAGCUGAGGGCGACAGUGCAUAUGAUAUAACGCCAUAUCAGAAGGCCGAGAUCAUCGAGCGCACUGUUUACGAGUUGUUUUUCGACGAGGAAUUUCCUGAAAGCUUUCUUUGCUCGGAGAAAGCCAUGACAAGCCCUGCGAUGACCACACCUAGUACGAACACUAGACCGUUAAAUCUAUCGACCGCGGUUCUAGCUGGUCAAGCUAUACCUGCAGGAGUCACUGCCGUUGAGUGCGAAACGGAUGAUUCUAAAGAGACACCCCCAAAGCGUGCCAUGUCAAUCGCACCGACAGAUGCAAAAAGAUCCUACAAUAUUGACAUUAACGGACCAGAUCCAGAGAUCAACAAGUGGAAGAGACGAUCAUGCAAUUGGGGACACAUCAUGGAAACGGCUAGCGAAGAACAUGUUGCCUCAUCAUCUCAACAUUCUAAGAGACCACAAUAUUAA